AUGAUGCAGAUCUGCGACUCCUACAGCCAGAAACACUCCCUCUUUAACGCCAUGAACCGCUUCAUCGGGGCCGUCAACAACAUGGACCAGACGGUGAUGGUGCCCAGCCUGCUGCGGGACGUGCCGCUGCUGCUGGAGGAGCUGGACUCGGGGGGCGGCUGCGGGGAAGGGGACCCCCAGUUGUCGCCGGGGGACGCCGGCGCCUUCUUCUCCCGCAGGGACAUGUACAGCCAUUACCUGCUGCUCAAGUCCAUCCGCAACGACAUCGAGUGGGGGGUACUGCAGCAGGGCGCCGAGGAGGCCAGCCGGAAGAAGGACAAGCUGAGCGGGGACAUUAGCCGGGGCCUCCCGGAGGCCGCGGUGGAGGAGGAGGAUCUGGAGAAGCAAUUUCACUAUCACCUGAGCGGACUCCACACGGUGCUCUCCAAACUCACCCGCAAGGCCAACGUGCUCACCAACAGAUACAAGCAGGAGAUCGGCUUCAGCAACUGGGGGCACUGA